ACUGGACUUUUAAUUGCCCCUCGAAUGACUUCCAGAACACUCACAAAACAUGUUAACGCGUUAAAAAACUGAACCUGUUCAAACGGAGAUGCUUUUACGUGACGCAGCAGUAGAGCUCGAAGUCCAGCCCGGUUCUGAGUCCGUACCCUCUCCCGGGCUCACGGAGGAGUCACGUGUGCAGUGCUGAGAGCGAGCGAAUGAGAAACGGAGAGCGAGAGAGAGAGAGAAAGAGCGAAUGUGCGAGGGAGGGAAAGAGAGAGGGGAUAGAUGUUAAAACAGACAUGAGAAAAUAUCCAAAAAGGAGACGCACGCCGUACCAUGCGCGCUAAAUUUGUGCCCGUUGGAAAUCGGGAUGUCGGAUCGACGGUGACGCGCAUCACCCCAUUUCACGGAGGAAACGAUUUCGCUGGAACUUUGGAACGGAGGGUCCGCGGGGAAACAUGGCCGAAGGGCCGCGCAGAGGUGGCGGGUCGGACCCCGUCAGGACUCCGCCGCAGAUUCUGUCAGGCUCCGGUUACUGCAAGUGGUUUAAUGUCCGCAUGGGGUUUGGAUUUAUAUCGAUGACCAGCAGCGAGGGGAAGCCAGUGGACCCUCCACUAGACGUGUUCGUCCACCAAAGUAAGCUGGUGAUGGAGGGCUUCAGGAGUUUACGGGAGGGCGAGCAGGUUGAAUUCACCUUCAAGAGGUCGAGUAAAGGUCUGGAGUCUCUCAGGGUCACGGGGCCCGGCGGGGGCUCAUGCUCGGGCAGUGACCGACGCCCCAAAGGGAAGGCCCCGCCCCUCAAACGCAAACCAAAGGGAGACCGGUGUUAUAACUGUGGAGGUCUGGACCACCACGCUAAAGAGUGUGGCCUUCCACCCCAGCCAAAGAAGUGUCACUACUGUCAGAGUGUCACACACAUGGUGGCCCAGUGUCCCCACAAGAGGGCGCUGUCCCCCUCCACGUCUCAGGACCCCCAGCGCCCCUCCACCUCCGCUCAGUCCCAGGAAGAGGGGAGCCGGUCGGCCUCGUCCUCCUCUCCGGAGGAAGCAUCUCAACAGGGGAGUCACUCCCAGCGCUGGAGGAAAAGCCGGGACUGAAAGCGACCGAAAGAUUCCUCAUCCAGACGACGCUCAGACCCGAAAUCAUCUACCUCACAGAGGAGACCCUCCCUCCCUCCCUCUCUCCCUUCCUGUGCAGCUAUGGUAUCAGCCGAUGGGGUCGUGUAUGUACAUGCGUGUUCUCACGGAGCAAUCACAACAAACUCUGCGACUGGCGUGUGUGUGUGUGUGUGUGUCUGUCAAUGAGCGAGUGUGUUAGAAGAACUAAAAAUCACAAGGCAAAAUAGAUUACAUAUAGAAGAAAAACACUCACGAGUGUUUUAGAUACUCGAGCAUGAAGUCAACAGAGGUUGCAGUUUUCAAACCAUUUUACUUCCUUGAUAGUCAAAUGGGCUAUUCCUUGAGUAAAAAUGUUUGCCGUGUGCUGCAUAAGUGACGCCAGUGAACUCGCUUCAGAGGAAAAGCAACUUCACAUGAUACAUGUGUGAUGAGAAUUCACCCGAAAAUGAAACCUUGCUGAUAAAAAUUUACUCCAAGAUUUUAGAUGAGUUUUCUCUUCAUCGGAACAGAUUUGGAGAGAUGUAGCAUUACAUUAGUUUCUCAGCAAUGGAUGCUCUGUAGUGAAUGGGUGCCGUCAGAAUGAGAGUCCAAACAGCUGAUAAAAACUUUACAUUACAAUUUCUCCAAAUCCGUUCAGAUGAAGAACCAAACUCGACUUCAUCUUGGAGAGCCUGAGGGUUAGUAAAAUGUAAGAUUUCUUUCUUCUUACUUUAAGAUCGGAAACAUGCAUUAGGAAGUAAAUAUGAUCAAUUUUGAUUUCAUGUUGACUUUAAACCAGAUUCAGACAUAAUGACAAAGAAAAUAGCUCUGAAUCAAGGCCCUCGGGGCAUGGGACAGAUGUAUUUUGGCUGGGGGGGGUUAUAGUCACGCUCACUACAUCCUAACAAUAACAUCAUUAUGGGGUACUGAGGAUAUUUGAAUCCGUUUCGGUGUGUGUAAGUGUUUUUCUGAUCAGGUGCUGUUAGCCAGAGUUUGAGAUUAGACUGUAACAAGUGAAGACUAAAAAGUACAUUAACUUCAGCCAGAGAGGACUAACUAACUGAUUUAAAUGUGUUGCCAUUGUUUAGCUAUACUGUAAAGCUGUUUUUGCUUUAUCACAGACUGUUCCACAGCUCGCAGUGAUAAUUUAAGGCAUUAAUAUAUGGUGAAAUAUUCUAAGUGUUAGUGUAAUUUAUAUAGAGCACAUAGGCAGAUGAAGUUGAUUGUUUCUUGCUCUUGCAUCUCAUCCAGCUUCACUGAAAGCGAUCAGCUUGUGAAGGACAUGGUGCUGCGUUCAACAUGGUCGGAAUUACAGUAAUCAUAAAGCUUAUUUUCACUACAGAAUGAAAAAAAAAAACUUUUAAUCUCAUCAGUUCUGUCUUAUUUUCUAAGAAAUGUGGAAAAGGACAGAACUAUGAGAUAAAUAGUUGCUAACACUUUCAUUUUGCUAUUCCGUGGCAGAAAUAAGCUUUCAUAAUGAUGAGAUUCUGCCUACAGAAAAGUUGUUCAAGUGUGUCAUACUCUGAAUUACAAAAGAUUCAUAAAAGCCUUAUUUUCUCUCACUUCCCCUUGUGACAUCAUGUAAUAAGACCAGUGGCCUUAAAGGGAUACUCCAACCCUAAAUGUAAAUGUUGUCAUUAAUCACUUCCCUCAUGUCGUUCCAAACCCAUACAACCUUUGUUCGUCUACAGAACACAAUUUAAGAUAUUUUGGAUGAAAACCGGGAGGCUUAUGACUCCCAUUGACUGCCAAGUAAAUUACACUGUCAAGGUCCAGAAAAGUAUGAAAGUCAUCGUCAGAAUAGUACUUCUUCCAUCAGUGGUUCAAAAAUAACGUUAUGAAGCGACGACAACACUUUUUUUGUAUUCAAAGAAAACAAAAAUAACUCUUCUCCUCUGUCUCUCCACAUCGUCAUUGCACCAUUUUGGAGAAUAUCUGCUGAAUGCAAGCAAAUCUAAAGUGUAAAUGCACAUAGAAAACGUAUAAUUGUGUCGCGGCUGACACAAAAGAGCGUAAGCAGCUUGCGUUCAGCAGAUAUCUCCAAAAUGCUGCAACGGUGAAGCGGAUACAGUUACAUUUUUGAGUAUGAAGAGAUUUUUAUUGCUCUUUAUUACGCAUUUAUUGACUAGUAGGAUUUCCCUCUUGUCACUUUGGCAUUACUGUAAUUCUGAUAUAAUGGCAAGAUUUAGCCAUUGAUUGAUAGGAAGAUUCGAUCGAAAAGCUGUUUAUCCCUUGGUCUGAGUAAUAUUCUGUUUGUCAAUGAUGGUUGUUGGGCGUUGAAGAAUAUUUACUAAAAUGGUUUAUCCUGUUCUUGUCUUUCUGAAGCUGACCAUUUAAACCUCAUCCGAGUUUUGUGGCCAUGCUAAUUAACUCCUAAACUAGGUUCUGUACUAAAUUUUUGUGUCACAGGGUCCAUUAAAAAAAUCACAUUGCUUGCUUUUUUUAUUCAUUCAGCUAAUGAAUGUAGAUGAACUGAAGCCUUAGAGAGAUCUGAUCAUGUAAAGCUGCUGGCGGAGAUCUGCUACAAUCAUCCACUGAACAGUGAAAAACUGAACUAAAGUGCACUUGUAAGCAGUGUUUACCCAGAAUGCCAUGCUGUGGAGGUUUGCUGUUUAAUGUCUCAAUGUUGUUGAAAGCUCUAGUGAAGUGACUGCCAGCAAUAAUGUCAGACCCUUUUCAAUCCAAGAAGAGAUCUUCAGUAACACAGAAGGGUUUAUGGAGCAUUUCAUCUCGUUGUCGUCUCUAAUUUCGUCCUGAUCUGGAGGAAAUGGGAGGGUGAAUCUCAUGAAAUAUGCUAGAGUCAUAUUUUAUCUUAAAAGAAAGAAAUUAUGAUUAAAAAAAAUGUUUUUAUCCUAGCCCAUUUUAUCAUUUUAAGACAUUAUUUUCUUUGUAAUUAAGCCCUUCCCCUCACUUUAAUGUAAAAAAAAAAAAAAAAAAAAAAUCUAAUUCUCAUUACUGUAAUAUGAUUAAAUUUAAUUGUUAAAUAAUACUGCUCAAUAAUAAAUACCAUUAAAUAUGAAAUAUUUAAUUUCUAAAGUUUUAAUACUUCAUGGUAGUGUAACUGAUUUAAAAAAAAACAUUUUUUUGCAGUAUUUUUAUAUUUUGCAGUAAAAUAUAACUACAGCCAUGAGAAUAUUGACUAUUAUUAUUAUUAGUAUUAUUUAAUCAGAGAAGUGACCAUUUUUGGAGUGAAAAUAUGCUUUUUUCUUUCUUUCGUCUCUAUAGGAUAAAAUAUGUCAUGUGUAUGUUUCUGUGAGAUUCAUUUCAUUCUGUAGAUUUGAAUCUUUGAAUAGUCUUAAUUUUCUGUAUCUCCAUAACAUGAGCAGAUCAGUGUGUGUGUGUGUGUGUGUGUGUGUGUGCGCGCUCUCAGGCAGAGGUUUCAGAAAAGAGAUGGGAGUGCUGUCUCACAUCAUGACUUGAACCAGCGCUCAUCCUCCACUCGAGGUCUCUAAAGACAAGACGACUUCUGUCUAACCGUAGUGAAUGUGUAAAAGAUUCGAAGCGAGCUUACACGACUGCUCUGACGAUCGUGCGAUGGUUUUUCUAUCCUGUGUGUUGACAAAUCAAGCGGCGUGUCACGCAUGUGCUGUGGUUUUAUUGGAGGACGUGAACUAAUCGUAUGUUUUGGUAUAGACCUUUAUACCAAAGACUGGCUGUGUCUGAAGGCAUUAGACGUGCGGCGGCGUAAUGCAUGAAUGUGUGAGUGUGUGUGCAUCAUAUUUAAUCAAGUGCACAGAAAAACAAGAAACUGACCAAAUGACAGGCACCGAUAGCACAGACUCCGAUCCCAAACCUCGUACAGAUUUAUACAGUGUAUUUUUGUACAUUUCUACCCACAAUUCUUCUCAGGAUGAACUUCUCUCAGGGAACGAACCAAAUAAGCAUAUUUGAUGUUAUUCUGUAGGGAAGUGUUGACCAUUAACUGAAUCUAUCGACUGUUGCUCAUCAAACCCACCGACUCUUGUUCUGGCACAUUAGAUCUACCUCCUUCAGUUUCACACAGUCAUGCUUUUCCGUUCAAGACUGAUGUUUUUAACCGAGCAUCAGUUUGUUUUAUUAGUCUGAGAAAGUAAUCAUUUGCUUUGUGUUUACACAGAAGUCUACCUCAUUUUCUCUCUCUUCAUCUCCAGUUCAACUGGUCUGGGGUCAGUCUGAGCUGCAUCUUAACACUUCUGCUGAAAAUAGGACACCUCGUGUUAUAGUUUAUGCUCCUUUCUCUCUCUUCUUUAGAGUAACUCAACUAGUUUUUGAAUGUGUAACGGUUCAGCAUAAAUCUAACACCGACUCGCCCAGCACAACCAACUCAAAAUGUUCUCCGUGACAGCUCAGUGCAAAGAUUGUUUAGCAUCGUGUGCCUUUAUUUUUAUUGUUAUGGCUAGACUUUUAAUGGGGCAUUAGUUGCUAUAAUAUCAUUCCGGGUGUUACUUCAGUACUACAGAAGAACUUUAAUACAUUGGCAGCAGUAUUAAAUAUAUAUAUGAUGUUAUAACUACUGAUUUAAUGCUGUUUGAUUGAGAGAUUUGCAGUCGCAAAUGCAUCAAGAAUGAUAUGCUUCUGCCAUAAAGAUUGAAGUGAUUUAUUGUUUGAAAUCAGAUCAGUAUGCGGUUUAUUUUGCAUGACUUUUAGCACUGAAUGUAUGAAACUGACCAAAGCCCGGGACUAAUGAACAUAACAACUGUUGCAAAGUCUUGAUUGUUAUUGUAAUGCCUAAUGAAUCACUGCAGUCUUAAUAAUCAAUCAAAUCUGUUUUUCUUUUGACACAUACCUCUGUUGCCAUGCGGCUGCUGAACUUUGAAGAGGUUUGUUUCUGGGAGUUGAAGAGCUGGUGUGUUUUAUGCCCUGUGUAUUUAAACGUUGACAUGCUGUAAAUCAGAGGACGGCUCGUGGCGUCUUUGGUAUAUUAAUCUCAUUUUAACAGUCUGUCGAGAUGUAUUCAGAGCGGCGGUCAUUUCUGUUUUUAACUUCAUUAAAGCACUGAUUGCCUCUUAUGAUAUUAUUUGAAGAGCAUAUCAUUCAUUGUAACCACAUUUAUAUGCAUUUUGCCUUUUUUUUGUCUGUGAAUUUAGGACUUUUGAGUAUGUUUAAUUGUCUUACUUGAUUGAUAUUAAACCUGUUAUAUCAACAUUAAAUAUGUUGCAUAAAAGUU